AUGGCUUCACAGCAUACUGCCGAGGUUCCCAGUGGUUCUUGGGACAACCACAUCCACGUAUUCGAACCAUCCAAGCAUCCCUAUUCCCCAAACAGAUCCUACACACCAGGUGCUGCUCCAUUAGCAGACUAUCCCAGAAAUGCCACUGGCUGUAGCAACAUCGUGGUCGUCCAGGCCACCGUCCAAGGCACCGACCCGGCGCCCCUACUCGAUACGCUGAGCCUCAAGUCGGCACACGGAGAUGUCUUGCGCGGCUUUGCCGUACUUGACUUGGAGAAGGUGUCUGACGACGAGCUGGAUCGCUUGCAUGCUGCAGGUGUGCGCGGAGUCCGCAUGCACGAGGUGUACGAUAAUGCCGUGGCUGAGAGGAUCACAUACGCCGCCCAGGGUCUCAAUCGGCUGGGGUGGGUUAUUGACCUUUACAUGCAUCCGAAGGCUUGGGCCGCUCUUGCACCAACAAUAGAAGCAUUGCCACCGUCUAGCAAGGUCGUUGCAGAUCACUGGGCAGGUUUCCGCUCUGGAGGUGAGGAUAGCCCAGAGUUUCAGGUCUUCCUGGGCCUCUUGCGUCGGCAGCGAGUCUACGUCAAGCUGUCUGUAUUUGAGCGUCAAUAUCACGGCAACAGUAUGGGCAUCUCGUCUCUGGAUAAUAUGGCUAGGGCUAUAAUCGAGGCCGGGCCCAACCGGAUCCUGUUUGGUUCGGAUUGGCCCAACACUGCGCUGGCGUCGGAUCGUGAGGGCCGCACACGAGAGGAAAGGCUGACUAUCGUGGAGGAUUUUAGAAAGGUUCCUCAUGCGGAGCAUGUGGCGCGUUUACGUGAAUGGAUCCGGGAUGAAGUUGUUUGGAGAAGGUUCUGGAUUGAUAACCCAGCCGCGCUAUUCGAAUGA